AAUAGAUUUUAACCGAGUUCAUCUUACAAGUGUCCCUACUCCAUCUGGCCUGUUUGGGCACACAGCAUCGUGGAGCACGGCAAUGAUUUUAAUUACUCUAACGUUUGACUUGACUUGCCAACACACACAAUAUCCUUUGAAAAAUGUUCAAUCGAGUAUUUCUCUCGGGAAAAGUAAAAUCAUGCUUUCGGAACAGGUAAAGAGUAAAUUGCUCUGGAUCUAAUUCCACCGAUUUGCCUCUCCGGGGCCUCGCGAUCGAAUCUCGUCUCCUCACUGAAAAAACACACUUCACACCGGUACACAUGCAAUAUGUGUCAGCAAUAACACAAACAAAAUUAUCGUUUUCUACUGCAACAAGGUAUGUAGAAAGAAAAAAAGGAAAAUAAAUCCGCAUUUGACUGGUUGCUCCGAUCGCCACUGCGUUCAAUCGCAGGCUAAUCAUCAGAUCCGGAGAAAACCAGUGAAAACAAUAAAACCCUUCAGAGCGGAGGAGGAAGAAAUUAAAGCGAGGCGAUGUCGAGCGAGGAAGAUGACUUAGAGGAGGAGGAGCUGCUUCAGAUGGCGUUGAAGGAGCAGGCUGAACGCGAUUUGAAUUAUAACCGCCCCAUUCCGAAGCAAGUGAAACCCCCAGCGAAAUUAGCCCCUCCACCGAUGCCUGCCGCCAAGAGACAGCAGCAGCGGCAGCAACAGCAACAACAAGCGCCCAAAGGACGUCCUCCCGUGGAAGAGGAGGAGGAGUCUGAAGUGGAGCUGUUGAGUAUUUCAUCGGAGGAUGAAGAUGCGCCGCUGGGCGGAGGAGGAGGAGGUUCAGGAGGAUCCUCACGUUUCAUAGGGAGGAGAGGAGGAGGAGGAAGCGGUAGUAGAAGUAAUUACAGCGAUCAUGCAACCUGGGACGCCGAUGAGCCCAAUAGCUGGAAGCGCGUCGACGAAGCCGAGCUUGCCCGUAGAGUACGAGAAAUGCGGGAGGCUAGGGCAGCCCCUGCAGGACAAUCACGAACGAGAAAGAGUGUGUCGCUUCCUCGGAAGCCGAUGGUGGCAUUAGAUUCUCUGACACGUGGAGGAGGAAGUGACCUGGUUGAUCCUUUAGGAAUUGGGGUUAUAGAUCUCAAGUCCUUAACAUUAGUAAAUGAUAGUGCAGAAAGCUCGCCAGCUGCUUCUAAAACCAAGAAUACUAAUGAGAAGCUGAGAAAAGACAACAUUACCACUUCACCAUCAGAUCAGGAGAUUCCUACUCCUCGGGAUCCUAGUUUACGAGAGAAGGUUAUGUACCAUUCAGAAAAUUUUGAUGCAAGAUAUUUCUUAUCUCGUAUACACCAAAAUACCAGUGCAGCAGACUUAGAAGCUGGUGCACUAGCCUUGAAAACAGAUUUACGUGACAGGACACAACAACGAAAGCAGCUUGUCAAAGAGAACUUUGACUGCUUUGUCUCUUGCAAGACUACAAUUGAUGAUAUUCAACUAAAAUUAAAGCAGAUAGAGUCAGAUCCAGAAGGUGCAGGUACAGUUCACCUUAAAUAUGCUGUUGAAGAUGUUGGAAGUGUUGCAAACCGUGCGUUUGGGCCACUUUUUGAACGUCAGGUUCAAGUUGAAAAAAUAAGAUCUGUGCAAGGGACAUUGCAAAGAUUUCGUACAUUGUUCAAUUUACCCAGUGCAAUUCGUGCAAAUAUUAACAAGGGUGAAUAUGACUUGGCAGUCAGAGAAUAUCGGAAAGCGAAGUCAAUCGUGCUGCCUUCUCAUGUAGGCAUACUCAAGAGAGUUCUUGAAGAGGUUGAAAAGGUGGUUCAAGAAUUCAAGGCAACACUUUAUAAGUCUAUGGAGGACCCUCAAGUAGAGCUGUCUAAUCUUGAGAAUACCAUCAGGCUGUUGCUGGAGUUGGAACCUAAGUCAGAUCCAAUAUGGCAUUAUCUUAAUAUUCAGAAUCGCAGAAUUCGUGGUCUUUUAGAGGCCUGCACAUUUGACCACGAGGCUCGAAUGGAUGCUUUUCACACCCAAAUUCGUGAGCGCAUGCAAUCGGAUGCAAGAUGGAAGCAGAUUCAGCAAGAAUCAAACAAGAGUAGCUCAGUAGAUUACUCCCUUCUUCUGGGGGAUAAUGAAAUGAGAGGAGAGCCACAUCUUAGAGAAUCAUCAGGUGAAGAGGCUGAUGCUCUUCGAGGAAGGCUCAUUCGCAGACUUACUGCUGUAAUUGUCCACCAUGUACCAACAUUUUGGAGAUUAGCACUUUCAAUAUUCAGUGGGAAGUUUGCUAAGGUUUCUCAAGUAGGCUCAACAAAUGGUGUUCUUGAGUCAAGCAAGUAUAAAGGAAGUACCGGAAAACAAAACUCCAGUGAAAUAAAAUAUUCAAAUCAUUCAAUGGAUGAAGUUGUUGGAAUGGUAGAUGACAUUAUAUCUGUCUAUGAUACCAAGGCACAAAAUACAUUCCAAGAAUUUGAGGAAUCUAAUGUUCUUCGCCCUUAUAUGAGAGAAGCAAUUAAAGAAAUAUCUAAAGCAUGUACUGCUUUUGAAGGGAAGGACUGUGCACCAAUUACUGCAGUGCAAACAAUCUUUGCAUUACGCACAGAAGUCACCAAGGUGCUCAUAUUGAGGCUCUGCUCAUGGAUGAAAGCAACAACACUUGAUAUUGUUAAUGAUGAAUGCUGGGUGCCAGUAUCAGUUCUUGAACGCAAUGGUUCAGCUUUUGCUAUAUCUGCUUCGCCUCUAUCAUUUCAUGAAAUGAUGCUGUCUGCAAUGGAUCAAAUUAGCGAAAUGGUAGAAUCUCUGAAGCAAAAUUCAUCUGAGGCCUAUGAUAUGGACAUGCAAGUUCAGCAGAUGCAGGACUCUGUGAGGUUUACCUUUUUAAACUGCUUUCUAGAAUUCACAGGAUCACUGGAGAAAAUAGCUGCUGAACUCCCACAAAUUAAAACCAGGAACGAUUCUACAGCCUCACAAAAUGGGUACUCUCAGGUGUUCAGUGAUAAAUUUGCUGGCCUUCAGCCAGGCAUAGAAAUUACCAACCCACAUCAAAAGUUACUGAUGGUUCUGAGCAAUAUUGGCUUCUGCAAAAAUGAGCUCUUGCCUGAAUUGUCAAAUAAAUACAAGAUGAUUUGGACAGAUUCAAGUCUGAAUGGAACUAAUGCAGGAACAAAUGAGGAUCUAGAUGCUGACGUAGUAGAUCUAAUUGCCUCUUUAUCUGGUUUGGAAGAGAAGGUUCUAAGUCAAUACAAUUAUGCCAAGGUAAGUUUAAUUGGGACAGCUGCAACAGCAUAUCUUUUGGAAGAUGGAGUUCAAUGGGGAGGGGCUCCAACAGUUAAAGGUGUGCGUGAUGCAGCUGUAGAGUUACUGCAUCCGUUGGUAGCUGUCCAUGCAGAGGUACAUUCUGGUGCUAAACCAUUCCUCGAGAAUACCAUAAGUAUUCUUGUUGAGGGAUUAAUGGACACACUACUUGGUGUUUUUGGUGAGAACAGAACAAAGGCAUUGAAAUUUCUUGAUGUAAACGGUUAUUGUCAGCUCAUGCUUGAGUUGGACUAUUUUGAAACCAUACUGCACACUUACCUAACACCAGCUGCUCUGAAAUCGCUGCGCGAUCUCUUAUUGGAAAAGGCUUCUGAAACUGUAAUUGAAUCUUCAGACAAUGUUGGUCAUAAUAGGCGAGCAACACGUGGUGGUGGAAGUGAAGAUGGCAUUACAGGAGAUGAAAGACAACAAGUGUCACCAGAUGAUUUGAUUACAAUGGCACACCAAAUUAGUGCAGACUACCUUCAACUGGAACUGAGGAGGACUCAAAUGAAUACUGUUUGUUUCAGAGAGGUGUCUGUUCAGUUGGAACCAUACCCAAAUAAAGGGAGGAAUGCAUAUCAAGCAUUCCAAACUUUGGCAGCACCUGGUGCACAUAGCAAAGGUGCAGAGUCUAUGGGAGCUUCUGGCUAUUCUCGUCAUAGACGGAAGUUAUCAGGAUCUAGUUUAUCAGACUCAGAGUCAAGUAAGCCUUUGGCAGCGAUUCAUCCCAGUGCCACCUUUAAUCAACCUGGAUAUUCUAGUUCAGAUGUUGGGAGUGAAACUGGAAGCUUAGAUGUGAAAGGACGUGGUCCCUUAAAUGAGAGGUAUUCAAGAAAUAAGUCAGAGAUGAAAUGGAAUUCAAGACGAACUGCGAGAGUAAUUGACGAUGAUUUGAGAUGAGAUGUGUAUAUUGGUUUAAGAUUUGUAUCAUUGAGCAGUAUGUUUCCCUUCUUAUCUAAACGAGUCCAUAUACCAUGGUUUGUAAAUGUCUGUUUGUAAUCCCUUCCUAUUUUAGUUUAUCAGUGAUCCCAAUGAGUUAUUGUUACUCUCAUUUUCUAAAAUGCUUUUCAACCUUAUAUAUCAUUUGAUGUAAAUGCGUUGACAGUUGAUGAAUAUUUUGAUUCCUGAUGACGACUCCCAAAGGGGUGUUUCCCCACAAUAAAGCAUAUAAAAGCCAAGACUUAGUAUUCUUUGAAAA